AUGAUCUACAUUGAUGAGUUGUCAUUUUUUAUGCACAAACAUAUUGAAAAUAUAGUUGAUGUGGGGACCGAUGCUAAUUGUGGGUAUCGGGCCGUUGUUGAUUUACUCAGGAAAAGAGAAGAGAAUCACACUCUUAUUCGACAGACACUUAUUUCGGAGUUGACUUCGCAUAUGGACCUCUACACCCGAACUUAUGAGAACAAAGAAAAGUUUGAUAAAAUUCAUGAUGCCCUUGUUCCAUCACUUACCAGUCACGCACCGGUUUCAAAGUGGAUGUCCUACCCUAAGAUGGGUCAUCUUAUAGCAAGUGCGUACGACCGGGUGUGUGUCGAUUUGACAAAAUUUGGAUUUUCAGAGACAUUUUUUCCACUUCAUAGUCGUCCACCUUUAGACGCGUCAAGCCACAUCAUUUGUAUCGGGUAUCUAAGAUCGCGCCACUUUGUACAAGUCUUUUUGAAACCGGAGUGUCCUAUUCCUACUACGUCGUGUGAGUGGAUGACACAUCAUACAAAAGAGGCGGACACUUGGCCGGAUCUUUUUUCUAAAAGAAUGGUGGAGUUGAAAGAAAUUAUGAAGCAAGAGAUGGAAGAAAAUAGAGAGAAGUCGAAGAACUUACCGAUUUUAGAAUUAAGCGGCGAGGGUUCGUUCGGCGCAUUCUAG